CUCAAUCUUCUGUAACAUUCAAUUGCAAAGAUACUAUGGCACCUGUCACCAUUACUAACUCAAGCGGCGAGACGAUCCACGUCAGCAUCACUAACUACGAGGACCAAGGCUCAAUGGCCUUCUUCCGUAUCAAUAAUGGCAGUGCUGAGGUCUGGCAGCGAGACAGAAUUCAAUCUAUGACCGUGUUCAGGCACGGCAAUCCGGUCCCGGAUGUCCUUGUCGUGCAGCCUGACUCGCAGCACAAUUGGUAUCGCGGGACUAGUAUGCUGCGUUUCGAUCCUGAACGUUCUGAACAUUAUAUCGGUACUACGACCACUUGGUGGCAGAUGAUGCAUCUGAGUCUCUUCAAUCUCCUAGUAUGGUACCAUGAUGCAGGCAGGAAUUUUGUCCCACCUACGUACCCAGACGCUUCGACACCUCCCUUAAGUUCCUUCCGCGCUGAGAGCAUACUCACACUCUUCGGUAACCUCUGACUCCAGUCUUGACUGCACCCAUAUUUCCGAUCGUCAGAUAACACCGUUCCAUUCCCUGACCCAUUGAAAUUCGAUAAUCAUUGCCCCACAGAUAACUGACAUACUCACCAAACCACUACCGAAAUAAAAACAUGCGUAAUGUUCAUAUUCUCGUUG